UUUUACUCGUCAUAUAUAGUAGUGUAAACGAUAAAACGACUACGUACGUUUAAAUUAUUAUUAACUCAAAAGUUACCAUUAAUUGACCCCUAAUGAAUAACGAAUUUAGAAAAAAAAAGUAUCAUUUCAAAGUAAAAAAUUUCUCAUCAAAUAAAAAGAAAAAUCUCCAACAACACUUUGUUUCAACAACAGAAUUCUGCUAUUAAUUGAUUGUGUUCUUCAGUUAGUUGACUGGUUAUAUUGUAUUACUAUUCCGGUGCUACGCUGAGACGCUUGUCGUCCAAAUUUGAAGACAAAACUUUAGUCUAGUUCGUUUGUUUAGCAUAGAACGUAUUCAUUUCUUAAGCGUACAUCAUGGGACUAGAAUCACCAUCGAAAACUAAGAAAAAACCUAAAGUGAUUCAAAGAGAAGUUGGAUUUUUUGAACUUUUCUGUUUUGCUACACGUUGGGAAUAUUUCCUUUUGGUUCUGGCUUUUAUUGCUGCCUUCCUGAAAUCGCUGGUUUUUCCCAUUAUCAUAGUAGUGUACAGUGAAUUGGUGUCUAUGUUUGUGGAUCGUAGUUUAUGUCUACCAACAACUCCUACGUAUACGUUACCUUUAUUUGGAGGCGGAAAAAUUUUAAUCAAUGGCACCUAUGAAGAAAAUAUGGAGGAAUUGAGAAAUGAUUCCAAAGCUUUUGGUAUUAUUUGUGCCCUCGACUCAUUGCUUAUGUUUAUAACCGGCAUCAUUUAUGUCGAUCUCUAUAAUCAUGUGGCACUUAAUUUAGUCGUACGUAUGAGACGUAAAUUUUUCGAAUCUACAAUACGUCAAGAUAUCGGUUGGCAUGAUAUGACACAAAACCAAAAUUUUGCUGUUCGCAUAACGGACAAUAUGGAGAAAAUACGUAAUGGUAUUGCGGAAAAUAUUGGCCACUUUGUAAUGAUGUUUUUCGAUAUUGUUAUCAGUAUUAUAAUAUCAUUUGUUUAUGGUUGGCGUUUAACAUUAGCUAUUUGUGUUUACAUACCGAUAACAAUGGUUAUAAAUUAUAUAGUGUCUAAGUACCAAAGUAAACUGACCGCUCAAGAACAGAAUGCUUAUGCUAAGGCUGGAUCCAUAGUGGAGGAGGUCAUCAGUUCCGUUCGUACUGUAGUGGCAUUUGGCGGCGAGAAGUCCGAACGUGAAAGAUACGACAAUCUUUUAGUGCCUGCGUGUAAAUCAGGCAAAUCCAAAGGCAUAUUUUUAAGUUUGGGAGACUCAGUGUUAAAAUCCAUGUUAUUCAUAUCUAGUGCUGCAGCCUUUUGGUAUGGUGCUCAUUUGAUUCUAGAUGAUCGUUAUAAAAAUCCCGAAGAUAAAGAAUAUACCCCCGCCAUACUUAUGAUUGUCAUUUGUGGUAUUCUAGUGGGUGCUGAUCAUAUUGCUCGCACUUCUCCUUUCCUGGAGGCAUUUGCUUCGGCUCGUGGUUCGGCUGUAGCCAUAUUCGAAGUUUUAGAAACCGAUUCUAAAAUUGAUCCUCUCUCCAAAGAGGGCAAAGUGAAAAAUUAUGGCCUUAAGUGUAAUAUUGAAUUUCAAGAUGUAUUCUUUACCUAUCCGUCACGUGAAGAUUCUAUAGUUUUGCGGGGUAUUAAUAUAAAGAUCAACGAAGGAGAAACGGUGGCCUUAGUGGGUUAUUCAGGUUCGGGUAAAUCUACUUGUAUACAAUUGAUGCAAAGAUUUUAUGAUCCGAUUUUUGGUAAAAUUAUGUUGGACGGUGAAGAUAUUCGUAAAUAUAAUGUGAAUUGGUUGAGAUCGACUAUGGCGGUUGUGGGUCAAGAGCCAGUGUUGUUUUUUGGAACAAUAGAGGAAAAUAUUCGACAUGGCAAAAUGGAUGCUACACAAAAGGAAAUCGAAGAUGCUGCUAAAGCUGGAGGAGCCCACGAUUUUAUCGUAGGUUUACCUGAGGGUUACAAUACCUUAAUCAGUGAAAAGGGUAUCCAGCUGUCGGGUGGCCAAAGACAACGUAUUGCCAUUGCUCGUGCCUUAAUACAAAAUCCCAAAAUUUUACUACUAGAUGAAGCGACCUCAGCUUUGGAUUAUCAUUCUGAAAAGUUAGUGCAAGCAGCUUUAGAUAGAGCUAGCAAAGGACGCACCACUCUGGUGGUUUCUCAUCGUUUAUCGGCCAUUUGUCAUGCAGAUCGUAUUAUUUUCAUUGACAAAGGCAAAGUUGUUGAGGAUGGUAAUCAUGAGAGUUUAAUGAAGGAAAAAGGACGUUAUUAUGAUAUGGUAACCGCCCAUGAAUACGAGGGUCUAUUGGAUAGUGUUAAUGAAAAUGAAGAUGAUAAUAAUGCAACUAUCGAAUUGGUAGCCAAGGAAACGGAUGUUGUAAGUGACAAGGUGUUAUUGAAUGGUUUAAUGCCGGGUCCCCGUUUUUCAGAGGCUUCACUGGAUAAAAAUAUUCUGCAGGCAUUUGCAGGACGCGCCAUAACAGAUCCCUCCGAGAAAGAUUUAGCUAUAGAAGCUCCGAACACGCAAUAUUUGAAAACAUUUUGGCGCGUUCUACAAUGGGCUAAACCUGAGUGGGGUUUCCUGAUUAUCGCUACCAUUUGUGCCUUAUUAUAUGGUUGUUCUCAGCCUGCAUUUGCCUUUGUAUUUGCCGAUCUUUUUGGUUCGUUAAAUGAUGAAGAUCCUGAGGUGGUUUUGAGUAAUACCGGAAGAUCGGCUAUUAUUGCCGUUGUUGUGGGUAUUAUAGCGGGUAUAUCUUGUUUGACACAAACCUAUUUCUUCAAUUUAGCUGGUGUUUGGUUGACCACUAGAAUGAGAUCCAUAACCUUCAGCAAAAUUUUGAGCCAGGAAAUGGGUUGGUUUGAUCUUAAAGAAAACAGUGUGGGUGGUCUUUCAGCUCGUUUAGCGGGUGAUGCAUCGGGUGUUCAGGGAGCCAUAGGUUUUCCUUUAAGUAAUAUUUUACAGGCCUUCUCCAAUUUUGUUUGCAGUUUCUCCAUAGCCUUUUCCUACUCUUGGGAAUUGGCCUUGAUAUGUUUGACCACAGCACCAUUUAUGAUAGCCUCGGUUAUAUUUGAAGCCAAAUAUACGAACAAAAGUGCCAUUAAAGAGAAAGAAAUUUUGGAGGAAACUAGUCGUAUAGCUACCGAAACUAUAGCUCAAAUACGCACCGUAGCAGCUCUACGUCGUGAGGAAGAACUUAUACAAAUCUACAAUAAAGAGGUGGAGCGAUAUCGCAGUGAGAUUAAGAAGAAAUUACGUUAUCGUGGUGUAGUAAAUUCUUUGGGCAUGUCGAUUAUGUUUUUGGGUUAUGCCAUUACCUUAACCUAUGGCGGUUAUAUGUGUGCCGAUGGCCGUAUUAAAUUUGAAAAUAUUAUGAAAAUUUCCAAUUCCAUGUUAUAUGGUCUGUUUAUAUUGGCUCAGUCGUUGGCUUUUACACCCAUGUUUAAUGCUGCUUUAGUAUCUGCUGAUCGCAUGUUUGCUAUAAUUGAUCGUGAACCCAAAAUCAAAUCACCCGAUAUAAAUGCUUCUAAGAAAUAUUCUCUAGUGCCGGGCAAAACUAAUGCUGUACAGGGUGUUAGUUUUAGAGAUAUAGACUUCCAUUAUCCCACCCGCAAAGAUCAAAAAGUAUUAAGAGGUUUCAAUCUAGAGGUGUUGCAGGGCAAAACAGUGGCUUUAGUAGGAGCUUCGGGAUCUGGCAAAUCCACCUGUGUGCAGUUACUAUUAAGAUAUUAUGAUCCAGAUACCGGCACCAUACUUAUUGAUCAAGAAGACAUCCAUCAUGACAUGACUUUAACGGGACUACGUAAACGCAUAGGUAUUGUGUCGCAAGAACCUUCCCUUUUCGAAAAGACCAUUGCUGAUAAUAUAGCAUAUGGUGAUACCUCUCGCGAAGUACCCAUGAAUGAAGUGAUAGCAGCUGCCAAAAUGGCCAAUGCCCACGACUUUAUUUCCGCUUUACCCUCAGGCUAUGAAACCUGUUUGGGUGCUCGUGGUACACAACUUUCUGGUGGCCAAAAACAACGUAUUGCCAUAGCUAGAGCUUUAGUAAGAAAUCCCAAAAUCCUACUGCUAGAUGAGGCCACUUCAGCCUUAGAUUUACAAAGUGAACGUGUAGUUCAGACAGCAUUAGAUGAGGCCUGUUCGGGUCGUACUUGUCUGGUGAUAGCUCAUCGUUUAGCCACCGUUCAAAAUGCCGAUGUGAUAUGUGUUAUACAGGGUGGCCGCAUUAUAGAACAGGGCAGUCAUCCUCAGUUGUUGGCCAAGAAUGGCAUAUACGCAAAACUCUAUCUCAGUCAACCGAACACCCAUUAGUUAUAGUUAUUACCAUGUAUACAUUUUUGUCACAAAAUUAUAUUAAUUUUACCAGUUUAGUUUAUGGUAUUUUUAAAAGUAUUAUUGGAUAUAUGUAUGUUUGUAUGUAU